AUGACCAGUAAUGGCCACAGCUGCAUGAUGUUCGGUACUGCAGCUGCCAUCCAGCUGAGCAGAGGACAGGGGAGGAAAGAGUUCUCCGGAGAGUGCCAGACUGCAGAUGUCAUUACCCAGAUAGAAGUGGUCCAUGCUCUGCCAGGUACUGACAUGACCCUGGUGUGCUUGUUCCCAAAACCACACAGCACCCACAUCACACAGACACAGUGGUCCAAGACUGAUGGCAGCCCCUCUAAAAUAGCUGUAUGUCACCCCAUCUAUGGCACCCAUUACUUCAAGUUUUCUGAGGCUUCUUACAAAUUUUCAGUGUCCUUCAGCACGAGGAUGUGCUGCAGUGGGGAUGACACAGGGUCCUUGUGUUCCGCCGAUCCAGAUGUCACAUCUGAAUGCAAUUGGUGGAUGCUGCAUCUGGAAAAUAUUACCGUGUCACUUACUGGGCAGUACAAAUGCACUUUUGCUAAUUACCCAUAUGGGACAAAGGCCACAAAAAUUCAACUUACUGUCAAGACAGAAGAGGAAAGGCACUACCUGAAGAAAGUGUGGUUAAAGCAGACUUUAGAAAUUCCAUGCCUUGAGGAUGAGACCUCAGAAAAUUUGUCCACUUAUCCUUUGAAAUGGUUAGUGGAUGAAAAUGGGAGGAAAGAGGAAAUUGUGACCAAGGAGCUCUCCUGUCCUGCUGUGUACAGGAACAGCAGGAUGCCGUAUGGGCAAGCAGUCCUCCUGGGUUUGAGCAAUGCCCUAAAGAUUUUCCCCACCAAAAUUACUGAUGAUGGCAGAAUCUUUUCCUGCCACAUGCUGUACCACCCAGAGAGAGUCCAGAAGAGAAGCACCACUGUGAGAGCAUUUGCUUACCCUGAGAUCUUCAUUAGCCUGGAGGAGGGAUCGGCCAGCAUCUCACAGGAGGUGUGCAAUUUUGGAGCAAAGAGUGAUGCCUGUGACUGCCACCAUGCCAGGCCAGACUUUAAGUUUUACACCUUUAAGAGAGUCUUAAAGCUGCAAAUUAACACUGAUCUAUACAGUGGGACCCAUAAGACACGUCAGAAAUUCUCAUGGUGUCUGUUUCCCUUCCCAGAAAAUGAAACAAGGAAUAUUUCAUCUGAAGAAAUAUUUGUUUCCUUCGACAAUAAGUCUAAUGAAGCCUCAGCUGAAGUUUUUGCUACCACAGUUUCAGACGACCACCAGUCAACAUCUGUGGCCUCUCUGGAUUUCAUAAGUCCAGCAAAUUUGACUCCUGCUGCCACAACAAAAGGUAGCCCGGGAAGCAAUUGCCUUUUAACCAGUGGUCCCAAAAUGUGCCAGUUAUGGUAUGACAGCCCUGGGUUAGCACUUCUCUCUGGCUCACUAAUGGUCCUCACACCGGUGCCACCAGUGGGCUCAAGAUCAGCUUUGAGUGAUCAGUUACAGCUGCAGUUCACCUCUGCAGGUGACCUAUCCUACAGCAUCACAGACCAGACAAUUUCAGUUACCAGAAGAAAAGAUUUCUUUCCUACCAGCAGCCUGCUGAACAGAACUGGUGACAGGAGGAACACCAAAGCCAGUCACUUCCCCUGGCCAACAGUCGUAGCUGUCCUGCUCCUCUUCUGCAGAGCUCUGGUACCUUUAGGCUUCAGGAAAUGGUGUCAGUACCAGAAAGAGAUUAUGAACAGACCUCCAUCUUUCAAGCCACCGCCAUCUCCAAUAAAGUAACAGUCUGAUGGGAUUCCCCCAUCCUGCCACGAACUGGAAAGCCUGUAACACCACCUGCACCCCUUGUGUAGCACAGAGAAGAAUGGCACAGUUAAAAGGCUCUGCCUUUGGAACAGUGGUUACAGGAGCUUGGUGAUAAUGACCCAUAUUAAAAUUCAGAGCUCCUACAUGACAUUAAUUUUGGAAGCUGAGCACUCCUUGGGACACUCUUUUCAUCCUGUGUAUCUCUGUGUAUGCACUACGUUCGUAGUGAGUGUCGCUGUGAGAUUACAUGUGCUUAAUUUGAAUUGGGUGAUGAACUGGGAAUUUGUUGUUUCGUCUAUGGUAGCAGAUUAACAUGUGAGUCUGCCAUCCUGACUGAAGAGUGUCAAAGCUUGUCCAUCUAUUCAGUGUAUAGAGAUGACAUCUCUGCCAUAUGGACAUCACAGUUACACAGCAAACAGUGGCUGAACACAAGAUUUUGAGACCUACUCGUGCUGUUCUUGCAAUUAUUUGUUUUUACUGUGGACUAACAUAACCCAACAUAUAAUUUUCUAUCACUGUGAAACCAAAAGAAGGAAUCAGCACCAUACACAGACAGAAAAUAACCUGCAUCUCUUGGCACAGGCUUGCAGCACUGGAUUUAGGAGGGUGCUUGGUGAGAUGAAGGAUCACCAGCCCUGGUGCAAGUGUAUGCAAAGAAGUCCCAGCUGUCAUUGGUGAAGUCACAAGAAAGUCAGUUUUGGUCCAGAGACUUAAAGACUGAAGCAAGCCUAAAGAUAAUGGAAAAUUCUAGUCCUUUUGGAAGUGCUAUGCAUUUGAAAUAAUACUUUUAAGUCUGCUUUUCAGGAAUUAUAUUUACAGUAUACGUGAAGGAAAAAAAGGUAAUAAUUUUAUUUUUCUUUGGUCUUAAUGAGCUUCCAUCACUUGCUAUCUUCACAUUUUCCAAGACCUCAGCAGUAGUUUCCCAGAUGGCUUAAGCCUGUGUAAGAUGACCCAAUCUUCCCCUUGUCCUGCCCAAGCUACAGAUUUCCUCAUAUUGACACUAAUUAAUAAAUGAUGGUGCAGAGGGUGGGCUCGGCUUGGCCCUCUGCACAGCUCUCAGCCAGGUCAGCAGCUGUGUGAUCACCAGUGCAAGGCACCAGAGCUGCAGGAGGAGCACUGCUUUUGGCAGCAAUUGUGGUACCUUCGGGCAGCCAAGAAACCAUCCCUCUAAGCUUGUUUGGAAAUGUAUUGUUACCACAAUGCUAUUUCUGUAAUUAAUGCAAAUGAGCUAAUUUCAGUCAUGUCAGGCUUAAAACUGAUAUUUUGAUUUAGGAAUGGGAUUUGCUUUAUUUACUGCUAAACACUGGUCAAUGAGUGUCAGGGUUCAGAACAUUGCAUUUCCUAGAACUUUAGAUUAAGUUAAUGGCUUACUGGAAA